AUGACAGAGCUCGGUUCAUUUCAGUGCGAUUUGUGGGUCGAGGGUCUGGCAGCUCUUGGCCUAUUGGUCUUGACCAAGCUUUUAUGGGACAUCUUCUUCUCGCCGUUGAGAGCUGUACCUGGGCCUUUACUGGCCAAAAGUACGAACCUGUGGCGGGCAUUUCACACCUUUCGCGGCCGUGUAGAUACCAAGCAUGUUAAACUGCAUCGCAAGUAUGGCAGUGCAGUGCGAAUUGGUCCGAACUGUGUGAGCAUUUCGGAUCCUAAUCUGAUUCGAACGAUUUACUCGACACGUAAUCCAUGGAAGAAGAGUGAUAUGUACCGACCGAAUGAUGUCCUCAUCGAAGGACACCGUAUGUCUAAUCUUUUCAAUUCUCAAGAUGAAGAUUGGCAUAAUCAGAAUAUUCGCCCGAUUCGUGGACUAUGGAGUAUGACCAAGGUCUUGGAAUACGAGCCUCUGAUUGAUGAGACUAUAGCCAAGUUCGUGGAAAAGGUCGCGUUGAAAUUCGUGGAUGGUGACAAUGCGGGCACGGUUUGUCCAGCAGAUGACUGGAUUGGUUUCUUCGCUUGGGAUGUCACUGCAAAUUUCAGCUUUGGCCGCCACUAUGGAUUCAUCGACCAAGAGAAAGAUGUCGAUAACUUGAUCACAGACUCGACCAAGGGUCUCAUAUACUUUGCUCCGAUCUCUCAAAUACCAUGGAUCGACAACCUUCUAGACAAGAAUCCCAUCAAGCGGAUUGGACCAAAGCCCACUCUGACCGGCGUCUUGUACGCCUUUAAGGUCGUCGCCGAGUACCAGGCCCAGCUAUCGAACAAAUCGAUCACUGCUGGCUCAGUUGACCACACCCUCGACAAAUACCUGCAGCUGAGGGAAACAUACCCGGAAAUGGUCAAUGACCACCAAAUCGUGAACUGGUUGAUGCUGAGCAUCUUAGCUGGAGGUGAUACUAGCUCUGCAACCAUGCGCGCUAUCUUAUACUACCUAGCCAAAUCGCCCUCUGCAUCUGAAAAGCUCGCAGCUGAAUUGCAAAACGCCUCACUCCCCACCCCUGCUCCCUGGAAACUAAUUCGGGAUCUUCCCUACCUCGAUGCUGUCAUCCGCGAGGCAAUGCGCGUCAACCCUGGUAUUGCCAUGAUCUUCGAGCGCGUUGUGCCAGAAGAAGGAUUUACUCUCCCAGAUGGACAGUAUCUCCCUGCUGGUACGAAGAUUGGAAUCAACCCCGCCGUGACGAACAAAGAUUAUGGAGUGUUUGGAGAGGACGCGGAUGAGUUCAACCCGGAUCGUUGGUUCCAAGGCAAAGACGAGAGUAACGAGCAUUUCGAGGCCCGCUCGAGACGAAUGAAAGACACCGUUGACUUUGUUUUCGGCGGUGGUGGCCGUAUUUGCAUGGGACGUUAUCUGGCUAUGCUGGAAAUCAAGAAAUUGAUUGCCACCCUGUAUAACGUGUUUGAUAUUCAACUUGUGGACUCGAAACAUGAGUGGACGUAUCGCAAUGCCUGGUUUGUAUACCAGUAUGAUAUGCCGAUGAUCAUCCGGCGACGUGGUGUUGCCUCACAUUAA